GCAAAAAUCAUCAAAAAAGAAAAUCGUAUCUCUCUCUCCACGCUUACGCCGGCAUACUCUCCGGGCAUCUCAGAUCCGUCAAGUGAAACAUUAGGAAGAAGAAGAAACACUGGUCUUUGGAUGUGUAAAUGAGCAUUAUUCACAGAUGUUAUUUGCAGCAGAAGGUGGAGGCUUCUUCUCUUCAUCAGCUUCUGGGUACAGCAACGGUUUAGCCCUUCUUCUACUAGGCCACAAGGAUGAACCCAAACCUGUAAUAGUAUCCCCGUGGAGACAUUAUCAUUUGGUAGUCGAAGAAACCGAUACCAAGUUUCAAUUAGAUUCUUCUAAGAAAUGGCUCUCACGUGCCUGCACUUCCCUUACAUGCUUUGGUCGCAAAUCUGAUAGACCCGACAAUCCUUCCCAACCACAAGAUUUCCCUUCUGACAAGAGGGACGGUGCCCAACAGAGUGUGGACUAUGAAUGUAGUAGUAAUAGGUUUGCACUUAAGAGCAGCCUCAAGAAAAGAUCAUUUAGCGAUGCUCUUCUUGCUGAUGAUGAUGUGAGUAGAGAUAAUGAUGUGUUGAAUCAUGCUGACAGAAGGAAAGUCCAGUGGCCUGACACUUGUGGUAUUGAGAUUGCUGAGGUCAGAGAGUUUGAGCCUAGGUAUGUGUGGAUUCCUUUUUCUUAUGAAAUUACACUCCAAUCUUUGUAUGUGUGGCUCAUUAUAGGUGUCAGUUUUGGCGUAUGUUUAGAUUAGGGAAUAAAUAACCUGUAUUCUUAUGAAAUGCAUAUAUCGUUUCCUGAGAUUUGAUAAGUAGUAACACUCUAGAUCAUGAAUAAGCAGCACUUCAAUGGAAUAAAAAAAAAAUAUUGAACUCGUUCAUUCUUUGAAUACAUGUUACUCUUAAUGUAGACUGGUGAUGUUUAUACACAACAGUUUUCUUUCUUCUUAAGAAGCUGUGUUGUACUUGUUAUCAUUCACGUUUUGUCUUUAUUUUCUUUUCCACUUGUCAUACCAAGUACCAACGUUUUGCUCCUCUUAAGGUUCUAUUUUGCUCUGAAUGAAUAUGCAGUGAAGUGGAUGGAUUGGAUGAUGAGUUGGAUCAUGGAAAUAGAAAAAGCUGUAUGUGCACAAUCAUGUGACCAGAUCUUCGAUCAAGAAGAAGCUAAAGGCAUGUUUUCAGACACAAAAGGGCUUUCAUUGGCACAGCUCAUAUUGUUGAAUGUUGAGAUAGAUGCGCUCUGUUUCUGGCCAAGUUCUUGUGCACCUUUGACAUAAUAUAUGGAGAAAGAGUUUUGGAUAAGAAGAGGAACUUUUGGAUGUGUACCUUUUGUAGCCACUUGAUGAUUUGUCCAAUUUGUGCUGUGCUAUAGAGAUUAUUCAAUGUAACAACAUCAUACCCUCUGUCCUGUAAUGAUAAAAAAAAUCCACACCACAA